CUGAGCGUCAAGUCAGAGGUCAAUUUCGAUGAAUCGCUAUCCUUUAGCUUCUCAGUCGUUUGUUUCAGAACAAGAAAUACAUCCUUUCCCUCGUAACUUUACCGCAAUUCGCUGAACCAAAGCGUCAAGGAACACGUUCCUCUUAGGAUCAUUAAGCACCUGCCAGUACGACCACGUAAAGAUCCCCUGAAGCUUGCUUCGCGUUCGUUCUAAAUUUGAGGUAAUGUUCUUGCUAUUAUUAGAGAGCGUGUUUACGGUGAAGAAAUGUAAAAUGGUUUCCGUGUUUACAUAGCCUGAUGUAAACACGCGGGAGGUUGGGAGAACACUCGAUAAGCUGGAAACCACCAUAAAAUAGCUAAUAAAAGAGGAACGAAAACCGCGUUUACAUACGCUCAUGUAAAAUGGUUUUAUGGCCAAUCAGAGCGCGCGCACUAUCUGAAUAAUGUUUUAUAAAGUGAGAUAUCCAGCGUACGUUCGUGUAAUGCAAAAGGUUUGUAAGUCUUUCCUUAGGUGUGUAUGUUUAAAUAAGACAUAAUCGUCAUGAAACAGCUUAAUUAUGAACAAGAAACAAGUCGAUGGAAAUCUUAGGACCGUAGACUCGUCGAACCAAAGGUCCCUUAGAGACAAUCUCUUUUGAGUGACCAAGUUUACAAAAGCAGAAAUUUUUCUCAAUGUCAUCAGCUCUCACAAGCUCUCAUGAAGGAAUACGUCCACUUUCUUCGCCAAUUAUUUGAAGUAUUUCCAUUUACGACCUCACUUAGGUCACCAAUUUACGCGUGAAUGAGAUUUUGCAAUGAGCCAAACUUAAAUACGUAUACGGUAUCAAAGUUGUUCUUACAUGGGGCUCUCCAAAACACGGUCAAAUGUCUGGGGGCACACUCGCCCGGAAGUUGGGAAUUUUACAGACUUCUUACUGAAAGAAUUUUUGGGAUCGCUCGACAUUUCUAAACAAAAACCGAAAAACGUGAUACCAAAGGGAAGUUUGAAAGAAUAUUUCAAGAGAAAUUUUCUGAAAAUUGCCUAGCUUCCAGGUAUUUUAUAGUCUGUUUGAGAUCGUGAGCAGCAGCUGGGCAUUUGACCACAGUGUAAAACGUUUUAUUUCCUGUCGCCUUUCCGUUCAGGAAAGUGAGUCGCAAAAAAUAUGGGAAGCAGAGGGAGCCUGGGUAUGAGCAUCCGCUUGCAAAUCGCUUUCGUAAAACAAUUCAUAGUGGUAAUUGACCUAAAUGAGGUGCACCUUAGUCGGCACGAUUUGAAAUCAGAAGUAUGAUUUCAGACCAAAAUUGUGCAACAGAAAUUUCAAUUAGCACUAUAUUACAUUAAUUUUGAAAUGGCCAAAUUCAGUUGCUUGGAUACAGGAUUUUUUUAGUCAGAGCUAGCUGUAGAAAUAUGUUAUGGAUUCAGUAGUGAACUGGUUUAUGGAAAGUUGCAAACGUUGUUUUCAUUAUCCUGCAAUUUGAUUGAUUUCUUUAAACAAGUUCUGUGACAAGUUCUUGUAUCUGACAAUUUUAAAUGUGAAUUCUUGGAAGUUCAGAGUGGAACUUCCAUUUAGGUGACACUACAGGACUAGAAAAAAUGUCCUCUGAAUAGACGUUUCAACUAGGAGGGGAACAGAUGCAAUUGGUUUUCGCUGAGGAAAUCAUUACAAAAUAGGUUAAAUGUAUGAAGCUCUUACUCUGAUGGUAUCUAGUUGAUUACUCUAAGGGUUUGCUUAGUACAUAUUUUACAUCCUUAAUUAAUGUACAACACAAUUAUUGAUCAAUUUGAUGGAAAGCUUGUCAAUCAACAGAGACAAAUGAAUGACUAAGUUGUUAGACCUUUCGAUUCAUCCAAAUAUUUGAUAACUUUGAAGCCAAAUUUCUCUCCCUGCCAGAAUUCUAAGAAGCAUCAAAAAAAUAUUUGGGCACUGCUGUAUUUUUGUUAACUGAAUGCCUUUUAAAAUCUGUAACCAUGACAAGCUUCUCUCAACUACACCUGUCACGCAAUUUUGGCUCAAAAUUUUAAAUAUGUCUUUGUGCGGCAAAAACAUUCAUUAGUCUAUGCUUUGAUUGUUUAAAAAUAUGUUAUUUCCAGUGGUGAGCUGGUUUAUGGGAAGUUGCAAACGUUGUUUUCAUUUACCUGUGAUUUGAUUGGUUUCUUUAUGCAAGCUCAAUGGGAAGUUCAUGUAUCGGACAAUUUUAAAUCAGAACUCUCGAAAUUUCAGGGUAGAACUUCCAAUGGGACAUUUUACAGUUGUAUACUUAGUUGUCAAGGGCACAUAAGGAAGCAAAUUGCGAUCGCGUUGUUGAUGAUUUGCAUUCAUGACUUCGCGUUUAUGAUUUCACAUUCAUUUUACUGAGUUUGGAGAGAAAAAUUAACCUGAAUACUACUCCAAGGCUAGUUAUGAGUGGAAGAAAGAGAUAGAAUGCAAAUGAAAGAAAAAUUUAUAAUCUUUGGCAGAGAUGUCGAGUGUGUUGUUGAAAGGUGAAGAAUCAAAAGGACAAGAGAAGAAAGAUGAACAUAA